GUUUGUGUGUGUGUUGUUGGGGCCCCGGUUGCAUAGUCCACAUUUCCAAGGCGCAUCAUCAGAGCUGACGUGGGCUCUACGUGUGCAUCGAGUCGGGCUUCCUCUGCACCCGUAACGAGUGACGAGACUCUACGUAAAAGUCGGGCCGAUCACCAUGGAAACUGCAACCAUAGAGGAAGCCAGUGCAACUGAGAAAGUAACAAGUGAGAUGAAUGAGGGUGUGUCUGUGGUGUCAUUACCUGAUGGACAGACACUGCAGGUGCAUGGAGUCAUUCAGACCACACAGCCCUCUGUUAUCCAGUCACCUCAGAUACAAAAUGUGCAGGUAGCUGUUGAUACUCGUGGAUCGGGUACAACAACAUCAGAUCCUCAGAAGAGAAGAGAGAUUCUGUCCAGACGACCAUCUUACAGGAAAAUUCUUAAUGAGUUGUCAUCAGAUGCGCCUGCUGUGCCUAAGAUCGAGGAAGAGGAGAGGGUGGAGGAAGAAGCCCCGGUCACCUCCAGCGUUGCUACAGUGACGGCACCAUCGUCAAUCUACCAGACCAGCUCAGGGCAAUACAUUGCAAUCACUCAGGGUGGAGCGAUACAGCUGGCCGGCCCUGGAGGAGAGGCCCUGCAGGGGGUCCAGGCUCUGACUCUUCCCAGCUCCGGCACACCACAGCCUGGGGCCACUAUCCUGCAGUACGGUGCCCAGCCUGGAGACCCCGGCCAACAGCUACUGCUCACCGCUGGACAGGUGCUCGUUCAGGCUGCCACAGGAGACAUGCCAGCAUAUCAGAUCCGCUCCCCAUCAUCAGGGUUACCACCAGGUGUUGUUAUGGCAGCGUCACCGGGGGCCAUGCACAGCCCACAGCAGAACACAGAGGAGGCCACACGCAAGAGAGAAGUCCGCCUGAUGAAGAACAGGGAGGCAGCGCGCGAGUGUCGCAGAAAGAAGAAAGAAUAUGUGAAGUGCUUGGAGAAUCGUGUCGCUGUGCUGGAAAACCAGAACAAGACUCUCAUAGAGGAGCUCAAAGCUCUUAAAGACAUCUACUGCCACAAACCAGAAUAACCCUCACAAACACUGCGCAAGGACUGUGUGAUUCAAGAGAAGAGAAGACCUGUCUCUUUUCUUCUUCUGUUGCAUCGCCUGGAUUUUAGCAUUUUUUUGUUUGGCCAAAUUUUUUUAUAAGAAGUUGCUAAUGUUGCUUUGAGGAUGCUUCUCACACACACACACACAUACAUUUUAAGAUGGGCGUAUACAAUUGCUGUUCUCUGUGUUUUGAAAAAAACUCUUCAAUGAUUUGUAUGUAAAAAUAUGUAUUUUCUAUUUAGUUUGAAAUCAGAACAUGCAAAGGAUAUGGCAUAAGCAGCCUUGUUAACUGGCUACACACUGCACACAUAAACAGCAUUUUUGGUCAUUUUUGGUAUGCACAGAAUUAUAAUAAAGUAGUAAAUAUAAAGUAAAUAUAAAGAAAAUACACUGUAAACCCAUCUGAAGAAACAUAAAAUGAUGGAUUAAUAGCAGCGACAAUCUAUUCAGUAAACCUGACUGACUCUACAAAGCUACAUAUUACAUUAUGCAUUUAAAUUGGGUCUUUUUCUCUUAAUGUAAAUUAGAUUUCAGUCAAGUUUGUAUAUUUCAGUAGGAAUUUUAUAAUUUGUUUUUAAUAAAGAAAAUACUUAAUGUAGUACCCCAGAAGUCACAAGGUUAGUUAAUGCUAUGUGUGCAGUGUUAAAUGCCUAAUUGUUAAAACACAACACUUUCCACUGAUUUUUUGUUUGAUUUAUGUAAGUGAAAUUAUGCAUUAGAUUGAACUGUUUGAGGUUGUUCAUUAGUAGUCAUUUGAGCUCAUGGCUGAAUGUAACAGUGACCUAAAAUGUCACCAAGAAAUGUCACAACGUUGGUGAUUACAUAAUGUUGACGUAAGUGUUUAAAUGGAUAGUUCACCCACAAAUGAACAGUUUGUAUGCUGUAUGCAUUUCUUUCUCCUGUUGUACACAAAAGAUGACAUUUUUAAAAAUGUCUCAUUUCUUUUUUUUGACCAUACAAUGCAAGUCAGUGGGAUCCAGUUUUGGGCCUUACUGUCUUACAUCAUGCAGACAAAACCAGUUCUUCAAAAUACCUUCUUUUGUUUUCUGCAGAAGAAACGCAUACAGGUUUGGAAUUACAGGAGGGUGAGUAAAUAAUGAGAAUGUUAAUUUUAUGGGUGAACUGUCCCUUUAAGACUACUCCUAACUCUCUUUAUUAUUAUUAUUACAGCUUUUUCAUUUAGCACUUUCAUUCAAUUUGUACUAUAAGCACAACUAUGUCAAUUGAUUCAUGUCUUGGUAAAAUUGAGUCAUUUUGUUAAAAUACAUUUUACUAUACCAGCUCAAUAUGCAGAGACAAACUAUAAAUUAACCAUUUGUAAGUUGAUUGCUCUGUUUGUUUGAGCAUCCCAUCAUAGCAACAUUUGCUCAACCAGUGGAGUGAUUCUGAGCCGGAUCUAUCUGUUUGUUAAUGGAAGAUGGAUGGAGUGUUUUGGAAACCUGUUUGAACAUGUUUAUUUUUUUUUCAAAUCCAUUUGGUGAAGCUAGAGGCAAGAAAAUUACUCUUGAGCUUUAAUGCUUCGUUUGUUUGUUAUGUUGGUGAACAGUACAUGACUUUUGCAUGAACAAAGGAAAAAGGUGUAACAUUAUGAAUUGUGAACAUGAUACUAUAGGUGGCUGUCACAAAUGUUGCUUUUGAUGUAAUAUUGUAUAUUAUUUUAAAUCUCAGUAACUUGUAUUUCAUUUGUUUAUGAUAGUAGAAGAGAACUGUGAAAGAAAAGAGGCUUUCGUGAGUAAUAAGAAUGCAGAUUCUCUAAAUCAGACAAGUGGCAUUAACUGAACAGAAUUCCUCAUAUUUCAUCUGUUAGGAUGCCGGUGUGUUUGUGUGUAUCUUCUGUUUUCUCAGACUAUGCUAGUCAUUUUUACUUUAUCUUCACUUACAACCAAUCACAUUUCUGUUUCUAUGAUGUUCUAUUCUAUGAAGUCUUGGCAGAAAAUGGAAUUGGUUUAAUAUUUAAAUAACUUGUUUUCAAUUAAUCUCUAAAUUAGAUUGUAUGCCCUGUCCUUCUUUAACACUGUACAGAAUGCUGACAUCUAUUUUAAUAAAAUAUUUUUGUAAAUGUA